CACUCUUUCCUCUGUUUGUGGUUAAACUGUUCUUCUUGGUGGUGUAUGCCUUCAACUUUUUCAAAAGAUUUCUCAACUAACCGCGCUCUUCAACAAGAGUUUCAGAAGAUCUAUGCCCAUUCAAGCGUCUUCUUCUGUUCGGGUUUACUUCUUUUCUCUACUCUUUCUUGCUUUCUGGAGUUGCAGAAUGGCUAGCCAAGAAAUGGACGUGGUCGUUGCUGCUUCUGCUUCAUCCUCUUCCUCUGCUCCAAUUCCUCGAAAGAAAUAUGAUGUUUUUAUCAGUUUCAGAGGUGAAGACACCCGCAACAAUUUCGUUAGCCAUCUUCAUGAAGCUCUCAAAAGAAACAAAAUCGACACAUACAUCGACGAUGGAAUUGACAAAGGAGAUGACGUGUGGGCAGCACUUGUCGAAGCCAUUGAAGAGUCCAUUCUAUUCUUGAUUGUCUUCUCAGAAAACUACGCAUUUUCCACGUGGUGCUUGAACGAGCUCACCAAAAUACUGGAGUGUACUCAACAUCAGGACCAUCUUGUGCUUCCAAUAUUUUAUAAGACUGACCCAUCACAUGUCCGUAAGCAGACUGGAACUUAUCAGUUAGCCUUUAAAAAGCAUGAGAACAGCAACCAGAAGCAGCACGUGCCCAAGUGGAGGGCUGCUCUCACACGAGCGGCCAAUUUAUCUGGCUGGCCUUGUGGAGCCGAGAGGAAUGAAGCAGAGCUUGUUAGAGGGAUUGUCAAAUGUGUUUCGAUGAAGCUGGACUCUAAGUACACUAGUGAGUCAAGUGGGCUUGUUAGUGUUCAACAGCGAAUUGCAGGUCUAGAAUCUUUAUUGUUCCAUGCUUCAGAAGAUGUUCGAAUCAUUGGAAUUUGGGGCAUGGGCGGGAUUGGCAAGACAACCCUUGCAGGUGAAGUAUUUCACAAAUGGCGUUUUGAAUAUGAAGGAAGUUGUUUUUUGGCAAAUGUAAGGGAAGAAUCACAUAGAUACGGGAUAACUCACAUGAGGCAUAAACUUCUUUCCGCCUUAUUAGAUGAUGGUGACCCCCAUGGUUGCAUGCCCCAUGUAGAAACUUCGUUUGCCAUGAGGAGACUUAGUCGAAAAAAGGUUCUUAUAGUUCUUGAUGAUGUGGACAAUGCAUGGCAAAUAGAAAAGUUGGCUGGAUCACAUUCUUGGUUUGGACGGGGGAGUAGAAUUAUAAUAACAACAAGAGAUAAGCAAGUGAUUAAGGAUGCAGAUUAUAUAUAUGAGGUUCAGGCAUUGCGCUUUAAUGAAGCUAUUCAACUGUUCUAUUUGAAUGCUUUUAAAAAUAAUAGCAUCGAUCCAGUGUUUGAAGACUUGUCUGAGAGGGUAGUUGAUUAUACUAAAGGCAAUCCCUUGGCAAUAAAAGUUCUGGCUUCCCAUCUUUGUGGCAAAGGUAAAAGAGAAUGGGAAAGCCAGCUGGAGAAACUUCAAAAAAUACCUGACAAAGAAAUUCAACAAGCGUUGAGAGUAAGUUUUUCUGGGCUAGAUCGUGUAGAGCAAAAUCUCCUUUUGGAUAUUGCUUGUUUUUUCAUAGGAAGAAGAGUUAAGGAUAUAAAAUCUGUCUUAGAUGCUGCUGGUUAUUCAACUAUUAUUGGGUUAGAAAGGCUUCAAGACAAAGCGCUUUUGACUAUUUCUAAUGGAUAUGUCGAGAUGCACAGCUUGAUACAAGACAUGGGUAGGGAAAUUGUUCGUGAAGAACCUAAUGAAGACCCUGAAAAAUGUAGCCGAUUGUGGGAUUAUAAUGAUAUUUAUCAAGUGUUGAGAGAUAACUUGGGAACUGAAGCCGUUAGAGGCCUUACUUUGAAUCGUUCACAAAUUAUUGGAGAUCUGCACUUGAGUCCUCAAGUCUUUGGAAGGAUGCGCAAGCUUAAAUUUCUUGAGAUCUACUCCAGUGAUCAUGAACAGCGAAAGGUCUUGCAUUUUCCUGGAGGCCUGCAGUCGCUGCCUAAUCAACUAAGGUAUUUACAUUGGGAAGGAUAUCCUUUAAAAUCAUUGCCGUCAACAUUUUCUGCAGAAAACCUAGUCUCACUUCAACUGGAAAAUAGCCAACUGAGACACCUUUGGCAUGGAACUAAGUGAAAUUGGAUUUGCCUCAGAGAACAAGCCUCCAUUCAAGAAAUCCAUAGAUAUAGUGGGAUGAAAAUACAUAGCACUUUGGUACCAUGAUUCCCGUGAAACUUCCGGGAAGUUACGCUGACGAACAUUUUCAACAUUUUUAUUAUUAUUAUUUACAACGAUUAUACCGCCAUGUCCGAUGGAUGAUGGUCGCCGUUGUUAGACUUUUUUUCUUGGCAAUUCGUACAUGCCUUCAUCAUCUUCAGAAGAUUUCUCAAGUCAACGUACCCUUCAAGAAGAGUUACAGGAAGAUCUCUGCCCACCGCAGCCAAGCGCGUUCUUCUGAUCCAGGUUAUUGCUUAUCUGAAUUUUGCUCUCUUUUUUCUGGAGUUACAGGUGUAUAUAUUUUGAUAAUCUCUUUUGAUAUCACUAUCAUGUUAAAUUUUAACACGAUAGGAUAGGAUGGUCCCUGUUUUCUGUCGGAUUUUUCUUCUCGGUGGAUUCCUUCUCCUUAGAAAUUUUGUCAAGUCAAAGGAAGUUUGAUAAGAUCUCUGUCCAGCUGAGCCUGUUCCUCCUUUUGAGUUUACUGCUUAUCUGAGUUUUGAACUUGUUUUCUCGGGUUUCAGGUAUCAUGUUUUGAACAUCUCCUUGGAUAUCACUGUCUGUGUAUUAGUAUGACCCUAGCAGCGGAAGUAACGUAGUUGGUUAGGGUUCGGAUAGCAAAGUUAAUUUAUUGUUAUCAUUAAAUUGGCAUAUAACUACAUUUUUUCAGAGUUUGACUUGUAUAAUCAUGCAGACCUCAUGUACAGUUGGCAAUUAAUACAAAAAUACCUUUUCAA